UCAACCAAAAUUCACACUGAACCGACCGAAACCCCUUCCCCCCCCCCCAAUAAAAUCAAACCCCGCGACCCGUGAUGGAGGAGAAACGGCGGGACGCGGGUAACUCACCGGCGGGGCCGAGCUCAGCGGAGCCGGAGUCGGCAUCAACUCGCCGUCGAGGUGGAGCGCUGAAGAGAAAAGCCAAUUCGCUUUCCGGGUCGAGCUCUUCAUCAACGCCGUCGAAACGGGUUACUCGAGAGAAGUCAAGCUUGAUCUCCUACCCUGUCAACCAUUACGGUCCUUUAACCAGGGCUCGCCAAGGGGCGCCUAGUGGAAACGUUGUCUUGGGUUUGAGCUUGGGAUCGGAUGGCGCGAAGCUUGGGGCAAGAGCGGUGAAACAAAGUGUGAAGGCGGAAGAUUUGGAGGAAUUGAAUAAGGCAAGUGAAGAGUGGGAGGCUUUGGAAGCUAAGAUUGAGGCUGAUUUUGAGGCUAUUAUAUCUCGUGACAUUAAUGCGCAUGCUGUUCCUAAUCAUUGCGGAUGGUUUUCAUGGACAAAAAUUCACCAUCUGGAGAGUAUCUUGCCUUCUUUCUUUAAUGGGAAAUCCCCAGAUCGAACCCCUGAUUUAUACAUGGAGAUUCGUAAUUGGAUUAUAAAGAAAUUUCAUGCAAAUCCAAGUGUGCAGAUUGAGUUGAAAAAUCUGGAAGAUCUUGACAUUGGUGACUUGGAUGCAAGGCAGGAAGUAUUGGAGUUCCUGGACUACUGGGGUUUGAUUAACUUUCAUCUAUUCCCUCCAGCUGGUUCGGCUGUACCCAAAGCCAAUGGGGAUGGGAUGUCCAAUAAGGAUUCUUUGCUUGAAAAAUUGUUCCACUUUGAGGAAAUUGAAUCACACCCACACGUUGUUACAAGGUCUAACCUUUCAACUUCCUCUUUACUGUCUGGGUUUCUUCCAGAAUCUGCGCUUGCUGAGGACUUGAUGACACCUGAGGGGCCAUCGGUUGAGUACCAUUGCAACUCUUGUUCAGCUGAUUGCUCUCGGAAGCGCUAUCAUUGCCAGAAGCAGGCUGAUUUUGACUUAUGUACUGAUUGCUUUAACAACGGGUUUGACUCUGGCAUGUCUUCUUCGGAUUUCAUUCUCAUGGAACCUGGUGAGGCCUCUGGUCUUAGUGGUGGCAAGUGGACAGAUCAGGAAACCCUCCUCCUUCUUGAGGCACUUGAACUUUAUAAAGAAAACUGGAAUGAGAUUGCGGAGCAUGUUGCUACGAAAACUAAAGCACAAUGCAUACUGCACUUUGUUCAAAUGCCAAUUGAGGAUGUAUUCUUUAAUAGCGAUGAUAACAGAGACACCAAUUCAAAAGAAACUGCUGGACCAUCUGCCGAUAUUGAUGAAACAUCUUUCUCUAAAGAUGUCUUGGAAACAACAGAGGGUAAGACUGCUCCUCAAGAGGAUCAGGCCCAGACUACACCAAUGGAAACUUCAAAACCUGAAGAUGGAAAAGAAGUGAGAGCUAGCGAGGAAACAUCUAAACCUGAAAAUUUAACUGAU